AUGAUUUCUCUCACGAAGCUCCUCCUUCUGGUCUUACCCGUUACUUCUGCAUCCGUCAUUCCUCGCGAUAUCAACCAGGUGCACCACGACAUCACCCAAGAACUCGGGCCGCAGUGGACAUCUCUUAACAAGGACGUCAAUGGCUUCCCUGCAAGUGGCCUGACGGGGGCUGUUACUAUCGCCAGCAGCAUGACCACCCUGGCCAGCAUGACAAACACUGCGACCGUCAAUGUCAAGAGUGGUCGUUCCUUUGACGCAGCAGGUGGUACUACGGUAAUUGCCGAACUGCAGGCCAUAAUUCCCACGAUCCUUUCGACGCUGGGGACUCUAGGAUCCCAAGCACCCGCUUGGACCUCAAUUCCCGGUGGAAUGGCCUUGGUACUGAAUCAGCUUCAAUCUCUCAACAAGACGUCCAGUGACUAUCUGGAUGCGAUAAAGGCAGCUGAGCCUUUCCCCCUACAGGCCGGGGCGGUUGCCGUCAAGGUUCAAAUUAUGGGUGCAUUCAUUAGUGCUAUUGCCCCCUACUCCUCAGAGUGA